AUGACGACCACCAUCCAUGAUUCAUGGUCAGUUGGGCUUCCUCAUGCUGCUGAUGAACUUCAAGAACUGGAGGCAUCCCUGUUUCUGUUUGGUCCCACCAAACAGGGCCUUAGAUCGAGAUUUCGAUGUUCUGGACCUCAAAGGGGUAGUGUUUUGGAGGAGCUACUAUCAUCCAACAAUGAUAAAGAUGAAGAAAAAGAAAAACAUGGUGAUAUUAAUUUGAUGUGCAAUUUUGAACAGAUGUAUCUUACAAUUGCACCAAAAUUGAGUGUCCUGCAGAUGAGAGCAUUGCUGUGGAUUAGAGGCACCCAAAACAAAACAAAACAAGAGUUGAAGAUACAAGAUACAUUAGUGAUGGCAUUCUCCAUCUUCAAACUUCUUCUGUCGUCAUUCCUUCUCUGCACUUUCUUCCACGAACCCACCAAUGCCCUUAGAAAGGCAGGGAAGCUCUGCAUUGCAUUUUAG